CGGGCCCGGCGGGCGGGGCGGGUUUAUGGCGGCGGCUCUGUCCCUGUCCGCCCUCGCUGCCAGGCUCUCCCAGUCGGCCGCUGCCCGCUCCUACGGCGUCUUCUGCAAGGGGCUCACCAGGACCCUCCUCAUCUUCUUCGACCUGGCCUGGAAGCUCCGCAUCAACUUCCCCUACCUCUACAUCGUCGCGUCCAUGAUGCUCAACGUGCGGCUGCAGGUCCAUAUUGAGAUCCACUGACUGGUGACUUGGUGUGCUGCUUGCACUGUAUGCUGUCUGUCACACUUCUCUUCCAAUCCAGCCUGUUGUGAAGCAGCAGAGCUGUGCUCAUGUGCUCCAGGACUAUGAAGAAAGAAGAUUUAACCCAGAACCCAGUAUGUGACGAUGACCCAGCUCAUCCCAAGGCAGCAGCUCACCUGACACAUGUGCAUUCCAUGUUGGACAGUUCUCAAUAUCUGAGUAGCAGUUUACAAGAAUUAUUUAACACGAGGAAUUGUUCUCUCUUCAAUACUAUACCUCUGCCUUCUGUUGGCAAGGAAAUGUCUCUGAGUUUCAGUGAAUCAGCAGGGAUGAACUCCAGUGCAGCUGCUCCUUGGAAGGAUUCAUUUCAUCUGCAUUUUUCUUCUGGCAAAGACAGUCCUGAUCUGGUUUCUCACUGCAUUGAUGGUAUUUCAGUAACAGGCUGGCUGGAGAAAGCUUGUAGCCUUUCUGGAGACUUCAGCUCCUGCUGUCCAGGAGACAACUCUGUAUGUUUUGCACAAUUCUGGCUGGGACAUUUGCAGUGUAAUAAAAACCUGCGGUUUCUGGGAUUAGAAACGAGCAGCAGCAAAGAGAAUGAAGUGCAGUUUGCAUUUUUGAAAGCGUUGGAGCUUGGUGGACUUCCUGAUCCCUGUUGUAUUCCAGCUGCCUCCCUGAACGACUCGUAUGCUAUGGGACUCCUAAACAACCAAAAACCAGGGUUCUUUCUUUGUUACUUAAACCUUGUAUCUUCAGAGCAAACACUUGGAUACGAGCAAAUGCUUCUGAAUGUACAAUAUGUGGCUAAUAAUUU